GUCAGGACCAUGGAAGCGGGUUAGCGGAGGAGAAGACCCGGGCGGGGGCUCUGGGCAGCGGCCUAGGUAGGCUUCUCUGAAUCGGGUCCAGCGUCUGCUAUACAAGCAGGCCCCCUCCACGCGGAGAUGGAGGCGAAGCGGAAGGAAACGCGCAAAUCUUUGAGAAUCAAAGUCAUCUCCAUGGGUAACGCGGAGGUUGGCAAGAGCUGCAUUAUAAAGCGAUACUGUGAGAAGAGAUUUGUGCCAAAGUACCUUGCAACAAUUGGCAUUGAUUAUGGUGUCACCAAAGUGCAGGUCCGGGACAGAGAAGUUAAAGUGAACAUCUUUGACAUGGCUGGGCACCCCUUCUUCUAUGAGGUGCGCAAUGAAUUUUAUAAAGACACGCAAGGUGUGAUCCUAGUAUAUGAUGUUGGGCAGAAGGAGUCAUUUGAUGCCCUCGACUCAUGGCUUGCUGAGAUGAAGCAGGAACUCGGACCACAUGGAAACAUGGAAAACAUUGUGUUUGUUGUUUGUGCCAACAAGAUUGAUUGUGCCAAGCUCCGUUCUAUUGAUGAGAGUGAAGGGCGCCUGUGGGCAGAAAGCAGGGGCUUCCUUUAUUUUGAGACCUCAGCACAAACUGGAGAGGGAAUCAGUGAGAUGUUCCAGACCUUCUACUCUGCUAUUGUUGAUUUGUGUGAGAAUGGUGGAAAGCGCCCCACGUCCAGCAUGAGUGUCAGCUUUACCAAAGAGCAAGCAGACACCAUCCGGAGGAUCCGCAGUAGCAAGGACAGCUGGGACAUGCUGGGUGUUAAGCCAGGGGCUACAAGGGACGAGGUGAACAAGGCCUAUCGGAAGCUGGCAGUGCUGCUCCAUCCAGAUAAAUGCAUGGCUCCAGGCAGUGAGGAUGCCUUCAAAGCUGUUGUCAAUGCAAGGACUGCUUUGCUCAAAAACAUAAAGUAAAAGGGGAAAGGAAGGGAAGAGGCUUCCCCAAGAGCCAGUGAUCAAAGCCCUUCAAGGAGGGAUACCCCUCUUCCUGCUGAUCUUCCUAUCCAAACAAUAAGGGUUGACUCCUGUGUGUGUAAAGAUGGUGAGGAACAAAUAGGGGAAGUUCCCCUUACUGUGUGCACCUUGUUCAUUCCAAACUGUUCCCUCCACUUCUGCAACCAACUUGGUGCAAAUGGCGCCUCUGAGAUGGAUUCCUGAAUCUAUCUAAAUGCCUUGGCAGCUGUAAUGUCCGUUCUUUUCCCUUGCAGAGAAAUUUGCCUUGGAUUGGACUGAUUCUAAAAUAGAGGAAGUAUUUGUGGAAAGUUUUCUUUCUGUGGCAUCUCUGUGGUUUGUUAUCCUGGACUUGGUGCUCUAAAGUUUAACAGGACUUACUGCAGUGCUGGUGCUUCUUGGCCCUAUAUCUGGCAACUUCCCUUUCAAUUUGAAUUGCUUUUUGAGCACUCUUCCUCAACAAUUGGCCAGCAUCUGCAUUUCCUGUAACCAUUAGUGCAUAUGCUGGCUGUUGGUGGCCCUUUUCCAGCUAUUAUGGUCUCUUAUCUGCACUUUGGUGUGCAAGAAAACAUGGUAGCAGGAAAUGGACCUCUGGAAGCUACCAUAACUAGUAAGUGCAUAAGAGAGCAGAUCAAGAAAUAGACUGCUCCAUUUAUGGUUUUGAGUAAUACACCCCUAGGAGAUUCCAUGCUACAUGUUAUUUCUGCUUUGUUGGAGUGGAGAAUAUCCAGAAAUAUUCUCCCUUUCCACACAUUAGAGUUCUCAUACCCAGGCCUCAUUUAUGGUUUGUCUCCAGAAAUUCCUAAUGUAAACCAAACACUGAUCCUCAGCAGAUAAGGAAACCUUAUUCAGCUUGGAUUUAAAAAGCAUUUGACUUGGGGGAGGCAGGAUUUGAAAUCUCUCUGGUUACAUCCUCAUUUAUAUGUCAAGUUUAAAAUUGCGGGAAACAUGCUUCCCACUAAUUCUGUAAACAUUUGUGUGAUUUUUCUUGAAUAUCUAGGAAACAGGGUAAAUAGGUAAGCAGUGCUUCCCAAGUACAUCCUGAAAUUGGUGGUUUGCAGGAUCAGGAAGGACUGCCUCUUCAGUCUCUCAUUUGCCUGCAUCCCAGGCUCUGUUAGAGUUGAAAUCACCUGCUGUGGAGUUUCUCUAACAUAAGGUGUAAGUCCUUAAAAUAGGUAGGGGUUACUUACAGUGGACAUAAAUGACUGGAAUUUGGAGACAGAGUGAUGGAUGUGACAUUCCCACAGUGCUUUGUGGCACUGCUAACAUUCUCCCUGAUUAUUACUGUUAAUAAGAUUUCACAAUGUAGCUCAGUAUAAAGGAGGCAACAGGUGGGUGGGUUGGGUUAGGUUAGGUGACGUGCCAAAAAGAUUCUCUCCCCAAGGUAUGGGGGGGAAGGGAGCAGGUGGCAAUCCCAACUCUGAGAUGUCUUUUGACCUCAUUAGGAGUUAAGUCUUAUUUGUGAAUAUAUGUGUAAUUUUAUCAUAGUCAACUGGUCACAUGUAAUGUAGUAAUUACAGAAAACUUGUGUUUGGAACUCUCUUGCUGCUAACUAGUUUUGCCAGUGGGAACGUAAGGGGGGAAUCAUUAUUUUCCUCCUCCAGUUAUUUCAUUGCUACUUGAACAAACAUCAGAACAUGUGAGGGGUGGGGGUGGGUCCCUCUCCUCUUGCUCAUGAACUUCUGCUGGGUCCCUCUCCUCUUGCUCAUGAACUUGUGCUAUUUCCUUUUCUCCUAUCCCCUAAGAGACUUAACGGAUAUGGUGUAGGAGAGAGGGACUCGCAACUGUGAGCGUUUGGGGUGUAUGCCAUUUCUUACAGGACAGGGUUGGAUUUGCUGCCUCUCCUGUGUAACUGUUCGUGGAGUGACUUUGUACCUGCAAGCUUCACACAUCACUUUCAGCAUAAUCAGGAGACUACCAAAUGGUCUAAAUCAGGUAAGGCUUAAAGAUUUUCCCUCUGCAGCCCUGCUUCCUAGCACUUUUCUGAGAUGGACAGAGGUGAACCCUGCAAGGUUGCACGUACAGGCAAAUGUUAACCCCUGCAAUGCAAACUGUUUAGCUUUUGAUUAAAAUUCCCUGGGGGGCGGGGAGAGACCUCUCCCACCAGCAAAAAUGAAUCUUUGCAAUGUAUGUAUAAAUAUAUGUUGAUCCAGAUGUGCACUUUAAACACUGAUCUCCCAUCUCCUUCCCUGUGGGCAGUGGUUUUUAUGCUUGUAGACUCCAGCCCAUCGCUAACAGCUCCCCCCCCCCCUCUUUGAAACUGAAACUUGGUCUUCAGACCAUUGUGAAUGCCUUGUAACGUAAAAUAUUUGUGACUUGAUGGUUGCUGUGUGUUCUUGCAUUUGCACUUUUUGCCUUCUGUGUCAUGCAUAUUCUGUUGCCUCGCUGAGGUCUGCCUUCUCCCUGGUGCCUGCAGACAUUACUUGCUGUGGACCUUUUACCUUCUUGCGCUCCCAUUCUCUGCCCAUUCUCUGUGCUGUCACAGCUUUCUAAUCCCUGCCUCCCAGACCUGUUGGAGGGCACUUUUGCUCUUAUUGUCAUUUACCACUGAGAAGGAUUGCCAUAGGCUCAGAGCCAAGUUCUGUGGUCUGUGUGCUUGGCUUCCCACUGUAAGUGAAGGGUUCCCCCAGGAAAAUAGUACCAGUAAACUAGCCUGUGUAUGUCUCUGGCAUAUUUCCAAUCUGUCAAUUUUUUUCCCACCUCAAGAGCUGUGAACUUAAGAAUGGAAAAGGUAAUUGGGUCAGCCCCAGUAGCGUGAAACUGACCAGGUGAGGAAGGGGGAGAUUAAAGUUGGCAUCUUUCCUCAUGCAAAAGAGAAUGUGAUUUUUCCUUGGACCUGUACUCAGAUUCUUUUUGUCCAUUACCUUUUGGAUCUCACAUGUCCAAGCUUUGCAGUUUCAUAUGCAAGUGUAUUGAAGCUACAACCAGUUCUCUCUUUGAAAACAAACCUCAGUCUUGCUGUGUAACAUGAAGUUACUGUAUUGAUGGCAAAACACCUGCUUGCCUAAACCAAACUAAUGUGCAGAGAUCAAAACAUCAGUGACACUGAUAUAGCUAGGCUGGAUCUUAUCCCUGUGAGUGUCUGAAUAGUGGUUUAUUGUUACAGGCUUGUGUGCUAGGCUGGACAUAUGGAAGGCCCGCUAAACCAGUACCUACACAAUGUGGAUGAUUACUUUUGGAUGCUGUUACAGAUCUGCCUUAGCUGUGCAAUCCACAUGGUUUCUGCUAGUCCACCAAGUACACAGCCUGAAGUUUGAUAGACAGAGUAUAAGGAGCUUUCAUGAGAUACAGGCUCUGGUGAAAGCGGAUGGUCGAGAACAGAUAAGAGCUAUUUAUGCACCUGCCCCUUCCCAGAGCCUUGGGUUCUGAUUGCCUUGUAAGGAAAUCUCCAGAUAGGAUUUUUGUGCAAAAUGCCCUCUGCAAAGGCAGACUUUGCUUUUGAAAGAUUAAAAGGGGCCUGUACAGGACAACUAAUGUCCGAGCCAUAAAAGCAGGAAUCUCUUUAUGAAGUGUUUUCUACAUGCAGACACCCUCAGUCUUCUUUGUGUGGAGCUAAGUAUGGAUUUGAAUGCACUGUAUUUAAUGUUAGCUGAUGAAAAAUGCAGAAAUGCUGGCACUUG